AUGGGCUGGGGUCUCUGGGAGCGUGUGGGUGAGGGGGCCCUGCAGCGAUGUGGUGGCUGGGUGGCCGCUGGCAGCCAGCGGGUGCAGCAUGGCACCGCCACAGCGGCUGCCACCGGGCACGUGCCUGGCUGGACAGGUCAGGAGAGUCUGGCUGAGAGCGACCCCGAGAUGUGGACCCUGGUCCAGAAGGAGAAGGAUCGGCAGUGCCGGGGGCUGGAGCUCAUCGCCUCUGAGAAUUUCUGCAGCCGGGCAGCACUGGAAGCCCUGGGCUCCUGCCUCAACAACAAGUACUCAGAGGGGUACCCUGGCAAGAGGUACUAUGGGGGAGCCGAGGUGGUAGACCAGAUCGAGCUGCUGUGCGAGCAGCGGGCUCUGGAGGCGUUCGACCUGGAUCCUGCUUGCUGGGGCGUCAACGUUCAGCCCUACUCGGGGUCUCCAGCCAACUUUGCAGCCUACACAGCCCUGCUGCAGCCCCACGACCGCCUUAUGGGGCUGGACCUGCCUGAUGGGGGCCACCUCACACAUGGGUACAUGUCGGACAUCAAGAGAAUCUCAGCAACAUCCAUCUUCUUCGAGUCAAUGCCCUACAAACUUGAUCCAGCCACGGGGCUGAUCGACUAUGACCAGCUGGAGGUGACGGCACGGCUCUUCCGUCCUCGUCUCAUCAUCGCCGGCACCAGUGCGUACGCCCGCCUCAUCGACUACGCCCGCAUGAAGAAGGUGUGCGAGGAGGUGAAGGCGUACUUGCUGGCGGACAUGGCGCACAUCAGCGGGCUGGUGGCAGCCAAGGCCAUCCCUUCGCCCUUUGAGCACGCGGACCUGGUCACCAGCACCACGCACAAGACCCUGCGCGGCGCCAGGUCAGGACUGAUCUUCUACCGCAAGGGUGUGCGGUCAGUGGAUAAGAAGACGGGCAAGGAGACGCUCUACGACCUGGAGGACAGGAUCAACUUUGCUGUCUUCCCCUCCCUGCAAGGGGGGCCCCACAAUCACGCCAUUGCUGCCGUGGCCGUGGCCCUCAAACAGGCCAGCUCGCCAGCUUUCCGCCAGUACUGCCAGCAGGUGCUGAAGAACGCCAAAGCCAUGGCACAGGCCCUGCUCCAGCGCGGGUACACCCUGGUGUCAGGUGGCACUGACAACCACCUGGUGCUGGUGGACCUGCGGCCUAAGGGCAUUGACGGUGCACGGGCUGAGCGCGUGCUGGAGCUCGUCUCCAUCACUGCAAACAAGAACACAUGCCCAGGGGACAAGAGCGCGCUCACGCCAGGGGGGCUGCGCCUGGGUGCACCCGCGCUGACCUCCCGCCACUUCCGUGAGGAGGAUUUCCAGAAAGUGGUGGCUUUCAUUGACGAGGGCAUCGCGCUGGCCCUGGAUGUCAAGAGCAAAACCAGCAAGCUCCAGGAGUUCAAGACCUUCUUGCUGCAGGACGUGGAGACGCAGCGCCGCUUGGCUGACCUGCGCCAGCGCGUGGAGACCUUUGCUCGUGCCUUCCCCAUGCCUGGCUUCAGUGAUCACUGA